UUAUUUGCCACUACCGCCAAAUGGCGUUACGCUGAAAAUAUGAGGGCAUUGACGGGCGAAAUGAGUCCAAGUGCAGAAAUGGCUAGCCCAACGUUACCAGCUGUGAAGUUUUCAUACAGCCACGCCCACGAAGAACUUGCCAAACACCAAAACAAGAGUAAAAGUGAUAGGUCACGAGAUUCACUGAGCCGUGCCAGAACAACUCUUCCACCCUCGCCGAAUGGUGUUGUAGUUCAAAACGGAAUGGACCUACACCAAGCUUACAAACGAAGGACUUCUGCAAUGAAAGCAAAUAAUAACCCAAUGGUGAAUACUGAACUUCCUGAAGUACAAGAUAACAAAGACACCACUCGAAAGAGUUCGAAACUGGCGAGAGAAAUUUAUGAAAAAUAUAACAUGAAAUCUAAAACACAUAAUGCAUUGCCAGGAAAACAGACAGUAAAUGGAUUCGAACAAUAUUCAAUGCCGUGGCGAAAUAAGACAUUUCUUUCCUUACCGUUAAGGUUUAACGGAACCGUGAAUCACAAAAAUAAUAACUUAAAGAGAGAAAAAACAUACAUUUCGGACAUGAAGUACAACACUAACGACCUUGACGAAGAACUAGAUUACACAAGUGACUGGAAGGACAUUCCUCACUGGUGAUUAUAUUGACAGAAAGAUAUUCCAAAUGCUAGAAUGCCAUCAAGGACAGUAGCUUUAAGUCGAAAAGUCUGUAAAUUUCUUAAGUACAUCUAUUUCAUGUAAUGUUUUGAAUUUAACUUAACUAAACUUGCCUCUUACAGAAGCGGCAUGGAGGUACUGAAAUUGUAAGGUUGACAUGUGAAAUGUCGUUUGCACGACAAGAAAACUUUAGUUACAGCUUUGUAUGAAAGUGACGUAAUCGAAUACUUUCAAUUCGUUCUUUUGGUGAAGUUUAUAGGGAUAGACUUUUCCUCCAGUCUGGAUCAAUAUAAUUAUGAUUUUUUUAACAGACGGCUGCCAAAGUCUCCUAAGAUCCCUUCCAAUUAGAUUGAAUCAGAUGGCAUUAACCAAAGUUUUACUUAUUUACUUAUAUAUUUUGUCAAGGUUAGGCGAGUAUGGUUAAUUUUGUUGACACAUUUAAUUUUAAAUGACGAAAAGUCUUCAAAACGCUCCAUUCAUCAUUGAUAUCGUAAGUGCCUUAUGUCAUUGCACUUACACGCGUUCGUAUCGAUAUAAAAAUAGUACGGACACAUUAAAUAUAGAAAAUUCUAUUCAAACAGUAUUUUUCAAUUGAAAAAUAAAUAGAACAGCAUCAAAUGAUAGAUACCGUUACUAUUUCAGUGGUUGCUUGAAUUUGCAAACAUUUCAUAUUUUCUAAUAUUUCUGCAUAUUUCGAUCAAAUGUCUUUGUUUUACUGGUGCAUUUAUGUUUUUUUACAGCUCAACUUUUCUAAAAUUUUGUGACAACCAAACUGUUGACCGGUAACAGCAUAAAUAAAACUUGCUAUGGCUAAGAUAUAUUAUAAAAUUACCGUUCAUACUAUUAUGCGUUACGAAAGAAACUAUUUCUUUUUUUCAUCAUAGUGAAAAUGCUAAAAGGUCAACUGUUUGGCUUUUGUCCGUAAAUUAUUUACAUGCUUAUUUAUUUUUCAUCUUGUUGUUUACCCAUUCAUAGAAUCUGGUCAUUAUUUAUAUUUAUUGAUGGACAUAGUCCUGUCUUUUCCUUUCACCACAUUCCGAUAUUCUAUGUAUUUAUUAAGCCACUUGACACAGCUUAAGUGGUCAUAUAGGAAUCACUUUGUUUCAGUCCACAGGUCCGCCCGUCAACACAUGCGUCCAAACGUUUGGCCUCAGGAUCAAAUGGAAUAAUUGAAACAGAUUUUGUAUCAGUUAUCGAUCGCUCCCUUUUUAAUUGGUGUACCUAAUGUCUCUGUAUUUUAAUCAGAAUGACUAAACAUUUUGGUCACACAGUAAAGUACGAAACUAAUGCCACUCCAAAAUUUUAUGAACUACUUUUAUCUUCUAAAACUAGGCGGUUUGGUUAUUAGGUCAGAUUUGAAAAAUCCUUUUACGUUGAUCAUCAGAGAAAGUAGAGAUUAAAGGAUUAAAGCAUAUUUCUAGAAAUGCCGGUAAUAUGUUUGAAAAGAAUAGGAAUGGGCCUGAAGGAAAUAUAUAUGACGUUAUAUCGGCAGUAAAUGUUCAAACACUCAGUUUAUAUCAGUCUGUUCUCCUUUUGGAUUGUUUUGUCACUUAUCAGUUCAUAUAGCAGUAAAACAGUUAUGGACAACACAAAAUAUCCCGAACAUGUCUAUUUAUAACUCUUGCCUAGGUCAUUGCUUUCUUUCGCAGUAGAUAAUGAUAAUUGUUGUUAUCACUGAAUGAAUGACACAAAAUGUCAAGAUAAUUUAGAAGGAGACAUAAACAUAGGUAUGAAGCAAUUUCAGAUACAUGUAUUACUUUUCUUUGUUGUCUUUGAAUCGUUAUAUAUGUCGUUUUGACAAUAAAUCUAAAGUUUGAA